UUGGUGAAAGUAUGUCAGUGGGUUACAUUGACACCAGUGCAGGGCUGCAGGGUAGGAGGAGCCUCUGAACUGGGUCACAUGGUUGCACACUGCUCGAUCCGCGAAACAGACUCUGCAAAACCAGUCCACCUAACUGCCGGAGUCUCGCCUCUAUCUCUGCCGCGUUAUUCUCGUGUUCUCUUUAAACGAUCAGUGUUUUUCGAGUUAUAGUGAAAACAGACGAGUUCAGAUUUUUGAUCUUUUCACUGAGAGGAAUCCAACACAACCUCCGAGGACGAAAACCAGCCUUUUUAGGCGUCGUUGAAACCAGUCUCUAAAAACUUUGGUCUGUGAAGAGUGAUUUUGGUCUUGUUAUUGAUUAAAUCGUUGAAGUUUUUCUUUCGUCGACAGCCGGUCGCAAUUGAAACGGUCUUGUCCUCGUUAAGGUCUUGUUUAUUCAAAUGUUAUAGUUUCUGAAUCCGAAUCGUUCAGCGACUUCGCAGUUGCUGAUCAUUAAAACAGAAAAACGGCUUCAGCACUGAGGUAGCAAAGGAGGAGGAAAACCCCCAAGACACAGGACAUGGAGUCGACAAAAGCUGGUAAGUGUUCUUCAACCUCAAUUCAGUUGUUGCUUGUUUGAAUGGGCUUCAGGCUGUGUUCACUUUCUGCUAUUAGAAUCAAUGAAAAGACGUUUGGACACAGUAGAAAACACAGUAAGGCCUCUUAAUUCAUCGUAAAUAGUGUUAAAUGUGUUUUUUAAAGAGUGUUUGGAGUGAUACAUUUAAGUGGGUUAGGAGGACCAGGAGGUUGUUGUUAUUACCCAAGUAGAUUGGCUGAAACAGCACUGCAGUCGUCUCCUCUCACAUGGACCCAACAGCUAGCCAUAUGCGCCCGUGUUUACGCUACCCGUGCGUCUCCGCUGAUUGGCCGAGCGGUGACGUGACGCAGUCAUUGCAUAAUUCCGCCCAUCGAGGUGAUGUGGGUCCUCGCCGCCAGUACACGUGCGGCAUCUCGCAGCAGCUCGCGGUGACCCACUUUUCCAGGGGAAUGAACAUGCUUGGUCCAUGUGGGGGCGGGCUGAAAAAGUGCCUAAAGUGAUGGUGCGUUCAUUGAAAGCCGGUUAAACGAGUUUCAGUACAUUUUAUUCAGUUUUAUUCAGGAUACUUUGCGGACAAAGUUUUCGUCAGACAACACGAAUUUUUAUUUCUUUUAAUUAGAUGUAAACUUGCGGUUUGUUUUACAUGGAUGCUUAGAAAGUAACUGCCUUAUAAAGUACAAAUAAAUCAGUCUCUAUUUAGUUUUAAAUUCUGUUUUCAAAACUCGAGUGGAUCAUUUUCAUUACAUGUUCCCUUUUAGACACUUGUUGCAUAAUAAUCCUGUGACUGAACACAAAAAGGUUUCAUUAUGUGGCGAAACUAGCACAAUAGGUUUCAGAUUUCCGAUGGAGCUUGAAUGCGUCACCUUUAACGGUAUUCAGUUUUCCAUCUUUGCCAAGUUUAAAUAAAUAAAUCAAACCAGACACUUUUGAGACUUAACCAAAAAAGACCCUGACAUGUGUGACUUAAACAUUAGUACCAACUUUUAGAAAUCAGAAUUCAAAAAUACGAGUUUUUUAGUACAAUUUUAAAACUGUAUUUUAAGAGUUACAUACUCUUCUAGUAUGAACACUUGACGCUGUCUUUAAUCAGCCUCAACUCUGAAAAGUUUAUUUUAUCUCCUCAUUUAUCUAUCACAUGCAAAGUCAUGAUGAUGGUUAUUUCCAAAAAAAUAAAAGCCCCUCCUUAUCUGCAAUGAAACCUCUCUUUAUUAUUGUGCAUGUGGCUCUCAUUACGUACAUGCUGAUGUUCUCAGUAGAUGUUAUAUAAUUGACUGAGGUAAAAGUGGUAUUUUAUUUGGGUCAUAACUGACUGCAGGCGCCUUUUUCAUGCAACCUGUUGAAUCUUAUGUGGGGAAAAAAUGAGUGAAAUGUAAGAAGUUUCCUCUUUUCAUUUUGUGCAAAACUGUUCUUUUAUAUUUUCAAUUUAUAAAGGGAAAAUAUAAGAAAGUAAGAUUGAAUAGCCGUCUUUAGAUGACCUAAACAAGUUACAUCAUAAUGUUCUCUAUUGGUCAAAAUAAUAUCCAACAUUUUCAGAUGUAGUUUGACAUUAGUUUUAUUUGUUAAAAGCCAGAAUGUGUGAAUGGCUGCAGGGAGGGGCCAGACUGCCUACUACACACCCUGUGAAGCUGACAUUAUGUAAUGCUUGUUACCUAAUCAUUGAGAGUGGCAGGAGAAGAAAUCAGGUCAGCCUAUGUUGAGAGGGAAAAAGUGUCUGGGUCUGUCUGCUCGACUCCUACUGGCUGCGGGGACUGUUGUCGUAAAAUGAUCUGCCCUCUUUAUGUUAAGCUUGUUGGUUCGACUGUAAAGCUGCCCCAAGCUGUUGACGGCCACAUCAUUCAUACAAGAAAAGGACAUAGCAGGAAGUUGACAUGCGCGAAGAUUACAGAACAGACAAAGAGAAAAGAGGCGCCAUCUGCCGUAAUGUAAAUGUAAGUCUGUACAUUAUGUACAGAUAGUUAAAGGACCGAGACAUUUAAUGGGAAAUGUAAUGUUUAAAAUACUAUACCAACAAAAAAAAGCAAAUUAAUGAGAAGAUCAUUCCAAUCUUCCAAAUGCUACCUUAAAAAGUCAAAGCUAUAUUACUCUUCAUCUGUCAUGAAUCCUUAAUUAUUAUUCUCAAUUAUUAAUUAAAGUUGGAAAAGACACUAGAUGCAUGUCUUACAUAGCUGAAAAAAAUUGAGUUAUGUUUCUAUCAAAAUCAAGUGUUUAAAUGAAAUCCAACAAACCAGCGAUCAGUCUUUCCAAAAGUAAAACUGUGUUGAGCUGGAGCUUGUCACCCUUCUCAUCAAGCCCUUUUCCCCCUCUCUGCUUCUUGCCCACAAGGAGGCGUAAUAGCCUACAUCAGCUCAUCCAGCUCGAGCCCAGAGUCAUGCCACAGCGACUCGUCCAACAGCAGCUAUCAAUCAUCCUCGCCGUCCCAUGGCUCCUCGCCCAGCCGCCAGCAUCUGGGUCAGCCCGCGGAGCCCUCGCUCCCAGUGGAUGGCAAAAACCCUCAAGGGACUCAAAAAAGUGGGCGUGCGUCCUCGACUGCAAAAUGUGGAAUCACAAGUGAGUUGGUCUGAGAGAAUUGUGUUUUCAAAAAUUGAACUGCUCAAUUUUGAUUAAGUGAAUUGUGGUGUUGAAAUCAAAGUACUCAUUCCCGUGAUCCCAAAUGUAUCACUUCAUCAAAGUUCUGUGGGGAAAUGAUCGAAAAAUAACAUUAAAAUCUCACUUUUUGGAUCAGAAAAAAAUAUUUUUAGUUAAAGCUACAUUCUGCCAAUUUCACAACAUUGCCACCCCCAUAAAUUUGCUAAAAAAAUAUAAUAGCAGCUGAUGGAAUUAACUGCCUCAUUUAACACUCUAAACUUUUCAAUUAGAAAACACUGAAACAUCAUCUUUGACAGUAAAUUAUUAUACUUUUCAAAGGAUAUAUAUAUAUAUAUAUAUAUAUAUAUAUAUAUAUAUAUAAUGUCUUGGAGUCUAAUUGAGCCCAAAAAGUGUUGGCACUAAAUGAGGAAAUAGUUGAGAAAUAUUCUGUAUCUUUUCUUUUCAAUCAGAAAUCAACGGGCUGGUGCUGCUCUGCAAAGUGUGUGGUGAUGUGGCAUCUGGUUUUCACUAUGGCGUCCAUGCCUGCGAGGGAUGCAAGGUAAAGAUUGAUCUCUGAACGCAUUAUUUCCACAAGUAUAGAACAAAAUGAACAGUGAGAGGACAUACCCUUUUUGACCACAAGAGGGCACCAAAGUAGAUCUGCAAAGCAACUUUAAAUUGUUAUGUCACAUUCAUAUAACUUAACGGGGUAAGUGUUUCUUGAGGGCUGUAGAUAUUAAUUCAUCAUGAUGUAGAGCAUAGCCAAAGUGGUGACUCUAAAAUGUCCCUCAUGGCAUGGCGGUCCCCUGUUGGUGAACAUGCAAAACUGCUAAGGUCAUCUGUUGGUUACGUAUGUGUGUCUACGCACACACACACGCACGCUGAAUUACAGUCAUUUCUGCUGCCAUGACUUUGGGUGUCAGUUGAAAUGGGUCACCACCAACCGAGCCAUCUGCACGACUUCAGCAGAGACCACUGAAACUAGUUCACUCUUCUUAUGUUAAUAUUAGCUGCCUCUUCCAUUUCACAUUGCUGCGUGGCCUAGAUCACUGCUGGGGUUGUGCACACAUUAUGGUGAAAGAAUAAAAACACAUAUAUUUUAGUUUUAUAUUAGUAAACUAAUUAUAUUCAGUUAAACUGAGACCCAAAACUGUAAAGAAUACACACAAAAGGAUUAUUUUUUUAAAACGAUUUGUUUCUUUUGACACGCAGGGCUUCUUCAGGAGAAGCAUCCAGCAAAACAUCCAGUACAAGAAGUGCCUUAAGAACGAGAGCUGUCCCAUCAUGAGGAUCAACAGGAACCGCUGCCAGCAGUGUCGCUUCAAGAAAUGCCUGAUGGUUGGGAUGUCUAGAGAUUGUAAGUACCUUUAGUGUAUUCUCAGACAGAGUGCUGCUCUCUGAUUGAGUGCCUGAAUGAAGAUUUCAGUGUGUUAAAACCUGCCUCAUGUUUUAAUUUGGGGGUUUCUAGCUGAUUGAUAGCUAAGAUUUGAAAUGGUUUGAUUACUGCAUGUCAGUAAGAAACUACAAAAUGAAAUGUAAUAGCGGCAACAUAGUCUUACAGGAAAAACUGCCAGGUAUCAGAAAGUCCUGCAACCUGCCAGGUUAAAUUGCUGCUUUUGUCAGUGGAGUCUGGUUGCUCCUAAAAAUCAAUACAGCAGUUUCAGGUUUCAAAAGAACAAAAGAAGGACAAAAACACCCCUCUCUGCAGGGAAUUAUUUUAUAGUGUUGUCCACUACUCAAAAUAACAGUUUCUGUGUGUCACCAGCUGAAAAUAUAUCAACAUUUAACGUGUCAAACACUGUUUGCUAACGCUGUAGCUAAGAAAAUACAGAGUACAGGGUUUCAUUGCUGAAGCUAAAACAUGAAAACAGGUUGAUACGUGUGUAACCUGGAGGUUCCUGUCUCUCUGUUUUAGCUGUGCGCUUCGGCCGGAUUCCCAAGAGGGAGAAACAGCGCAUGCUGCUGGAGAUGCAGAGCGCCAUGAACAACAUGAUGAACAACAACCAGCUCAACAGCAGCCAGACGCUUUCCAUCGACCAAUCACUGACUGGCAGUGCCACAGAGGCUACCUCAGAGGACACAGGCACCGGUCCCUCUUGUUCUCCAUCCAGCCAAUCAGACUCCAGCUCUGACCCUGAACCCACAGUUGCCAUGGACACCAGCCCCAGCUCGGCCUCUCCCAGCUCAUCAGACAGUGGGGAAGAGGAGGUGAUCGGCUCGGUGACCCGGGCCCACCAGGAGACCUUCAUGUACAACCAGGAGCAAAGCAGCCUGACACUGGAGGCCCAACCUCCCAUGGGUUCCCUGAACAGUGGCUCCACCCACAGCUCCACCAACAACCACAAAGAGGAGCUGGCAGACUCCUGGAAGAACCGCCACAACAACAUGGUCACAAUUUCAGCGCAGGACUCCUCAGCCAGCCAGGGCCCUUGGCGUCAGGAGGACAACACUGCCAACCACUGCCCCUUCAAACUUUCCCGGACUGCUGCCACCAGCCACUGUCCAGCCUACAACCAUGGAGCCUUUAGAGCUCCACCUGCAGAGGGCUUUGCCAACAAUGGCUUCAAUGGGCCCCAGUGGAGAGGAGGCAACAGGAUGUACCUGGUACGACAAAAAAACAACUUAAGUGUUUUAAGAUCAGAGAUCAGGAACUUGCACAGACCUUGAUAAGAACAGGAUAUUAACUGGAGUUAAUAUCAGGAUCUUAUUUUGUAGUUGGUUAUCUUAGAAGAGGCCAGUCUGUCAUAUUUCUCUGCCAUCUUCCAGGUUUGUCCUAUGAACACCUCGGCCCAGGUGGACCCUCAGAAGUCCGGUCAUGAAGUGUGGGAGGAGUUCUCCCACAGCUUCACCCCUGCUGUCAGGGAGGUGGUGGAGUUCGCGAAGAAGAUCCCAGGCUUUAGAGACCUAGCACAGCCGGACCAGGUCAGCCUGCUUAAGGCAGGCACUUUUGAGGUACUUAAGAUAUUUCCAACAUACUUAACAUAGACAGAAUCUCUGUAGUUGUUUAAAGAGUGUCAGAGCUAUGGUACUGAGACUGACUGAGCGAUGGUUUUUGCUCCACAGGUGUUGGUGGUUCGCUUUGCUUCUCUUUUUGACCUGAAGGACCGCACUGUUACCUUUCUGGGCGGGAAGAAGUACAGCGUGGACACUCUGAGGGCUAUGGGGGCUGGAGAUCUCCUUAAUUCCAUGUUAGAUUUCAGUGAAAAACUCCUCAACCUGGGCCUGAGCGAGGAGGAGAUGAGCCUCUUCACUGCUGUGGUCCUGGUCUCUGCAGGUGGGUUUGAAGUCAGCCUUGUUUAUCCUGUAGUAUAUCCAGCUUAAAUGGUUGUGGUGUUACACUUAAAGCCAAACUCACGCACUCAAUAGAGUCUAAUAUGCGACUAAUAUGCUUUAAAUUCACAAUUACCGAUUGUUUUUCCAGAUCGUUCCGGCAUCGAGAACGUCAAUUCAGUUGAGGCCCUACAGGAGACCCUGAUCCGUGCCCUGCGGAGCCUCAUCACUAAGAACCACCCCAACGAGUCGGCCAUCUUCACCAAGCUGCUGCUUAAGCUGCCUGACCUGCGCUCGUUAAACAACAUGCACUCUGAGCAGCUGCUCGCCUUCAAGGUCCAUUCCUGAAGUCUCCUGUAGUACUUGACACGACACAAACUGUAACUGCUCUGUGACCGGACCCAGGGGCCACACCUUCAACCCCAACCAAACCUGCACCUCACCACUUCUCCCAUGAUGCUUUGAAAUCUGGAACUUGACAUUUCCAGUGACUUUUUUAGUGGGAGGAAGACCAUAAAAUGUUCUUGUACUGUACUGUAGGGCCUGACAGCCUAUGUGAUGGUAAUGCGUACAUACAGACACACUGAUAGAUGUAUAUGUUUCUUGUGUUUGUGUGUAGCUUACUGUUUGUUUGCAAGUGUACAAACAUUAGAAGCACUUUCCUCAUAAUGUAGACUGGUAUUUUUGCAUUCAUAGUGCAAUAUGUGACUGCUUUUAUGAUUUGGGCUGCUCAGCUGGGAGCUGAGUGUGUACCACCCUGGUGGUACACAUAAAUCUAGAGGUGUGGAUGUAACGCUGGGAGAGUUAAAAACUUCAAAAGACCCCUGGCUACUGAAUGACUGAUGAGGAAGACCUGUCUUUGAAUCAAUUACGAAUAAAAGCAAAGAACAAUGAGAUGAAUGUUCAGGUCCAUGGAGAUUUAGGUGAAUGUUUGUAAUUUGAAUGAAUUAGGGAAAAGGCAAAAGAAGUCCAAGAAAAUGUUUAAUUUCAGGCUUUUCAUGCAGUUUUUUUUUUACAUGCUAUACUGUGUUUUUGUAGUUGUGGGUCAUUGUUCUAAAUUAUUCGGGCAUUGUGACAAAUCAGAUUUCAGUGUUGCUCUGUUGCUUGCUGAUUUCAACACAUUGGAAACAAAGAGGCUCUUUAAAAAAAAUCAGACUAUGGACUUUUCCAGAGGUCUCGGAGAUACAUUUUCUUUAAUUUUUCUCACAGAGAAAAAAAAAAAGUCCAUCUAAGAUCCAAGGGCGUCUGCUGUCAGUGUUGGUGUAGAGAUUUCUCACAGCUCUGACUCUAAGAGUGAACGUCUCGCAGUCACCAGCAAGCCCCUCUGUCGUUUCUGUUCUUCAAACUGUACAGACUAGCUGAGUGUAGAUGAACUGAAUAGGUAGGACUAUUCUACGUAAAGAUAUGAUUGUAAUGUCACUGAAGUGAUUGUAAGCUGAGUCGCUGGUGUUCAGAUAUUUUCCGCAAUGCCAUCUUUUCGUUCCUGUCGGUGAAUUCAGAAUGUCUGGCCUUUUUGAUAUCCAGAGCUUCAGUCAUUGUGUUAACUUUGUUGACAUGUGGUUCUGUUCUCCUCUGUGAAAGGAUUAUUGCAGUAUGCAUAGAUUUCUAUAUGAAUAUAGUAUAAAAAACUAUCAUACAUACAUUACUGUAUAGAUGAAUAUAUCUAUAUAAAUAAAUUUUAUAAACGCAGA